AAAAGUUCUUACAAAUGUCAAUAUGACUCGGUGUAUGAAUCUGUUUUAAACUUUUUUUUAAAUAAAAGUUCAUAAUAUUUGAACAAAAUAGUACGUAAUUGAAAGUAUUUAUUACUGAAAAUGAUUAUCAGUAGACUGCGACAAGUGGGGACUAAGUUAAAAAGAAAUCCAUUUGUUUUAAGUGUUCGUAAUAAGGCAGCUUACGAAGGUGAGGGCAAAACAACGGUGAGGAUAAUAAACCAGGAGCAGGAGCUCGGGCUCAUGAUAGACUCAUUCUCUACUGUUGGUUUUAGGUUAAACAAUGGAAUCACAGUGCUCGGCCCCAUCGCUAUAUUCCCUCGAACGAUACUGUCAUGGCAGGUUCGCACUUCAAAUGAGAUCAACGCGUCUGCGCUCGGGCUCUUUAAACUGCUCGAGCCUAAAGUUGAUUUGUUGAUAAUGGGCUUAGAAACAAAUGAGAGGAGUGUGGUGGACUCGGUGUUCAGAGCGUCCAGAGAGGUCAAGAUCAAUAUAGAGAUCCUAUCCACAGAGCACGCUUGCGCCACCUUUAACUUUCUGAAUGCUGAGGGCAGGUCAGUAGCUGGCGCCAUUAUUCCGCCCCUACACAUUGAAGUGAACGAGGACGACAUGCUACAGUCCAAGCUGCACUACCAGAACAUAUAUGAGAAAAAUAUAUAAUUAACCAAACAUGGCUGUUUACCUAAUUACUAUCCGCAGUAUUUAGAAAACGAUUCGUUUUGGUAACAACCAUCGGUUGUUCGUUCGUUAGUAAAAUGAAUCAUUUGCAUCGACUCCCACUUUUGAGUCACGUUAAGUCACUUUCUGUGCCCCCUUAAUGAAUAAUACAUCAUGAAACCUAAACCUUUCCUUAAUAAAUGAUUUCUUUCCCUUGUCAAGCUCACUCCUAUUUGCAAAGUUAUUUAACGGAAAACCCUUAUCAGCCAAAAAAAUUAGAGAUUUUUGCCCAAAACAAACCGGUUUUUUUUUCCAUAUAGGCGUUAAUCUGUGUAAAAUUUUCCCGCCUAAACUGCUUUUUGAAAUGUCAAAGUAUAAACAGAUAAAAAAAAUGUUUACGGAGGUUGAAAUAAGUUUAUUGCAGUUUUCUGUUCGUUGUUAAUUAUUUUGAUACGCUGUGUAAAUAUUAGAAAUAGUGAAAUAUAGAAUAUUAUAAACAUUAA